GCAUAGUUUCCGAAGUGUGUAGUACUUAAGACGAAACCGGGCCAAUUUUUAUUUAUUUUGCUUGGCCUACAUUUGUGGACAAAAACUAUAUUCUAGUUGUCUGACCAUUUCUUCGGACAUUCCACUAUUGUCUUGGACAAUAACCCACGCUAAAUUUUAUGAAUACACGACGAGAGUCAAAUGAUAAAGUUUUUCAUAUAAGAAAUGUGGCGUUGACUUAGAAAAUAAUUCGUACCGAAUUUCUUGAAGAUACCUUAAUAAAAAGUUCCAUGCAAGCACUUGGUUCAGUUUGUAUGACAUAUACGACAUCGGCGUUUCCGACAAAUGAACAGCUUCUUGGGGAGAAAAGGACGUAUGCAAAAUUUACAGACAGACGGCCGGAUUUAGCCAUCGGCUCGUCAUGCCGAUCAUUUAUAUAUAUUUUUUAUAGAGUCUAACAUAUGCUGGUUAUAAACUUUGUAGCAAACUUAAUGCUCCAUCAGUUUGUAAUCCAUAUUUUUUUUUUAGUUAAUCUUCACAUGUAUACGAAUUUAAUAAAAAUAGAACCAAUCUAAUAUCGCAGGUUCAUAGCAUUCAGGACAUUUUAUAAACCUACUUUAUGUUACUGUAUUAUAAUAUGCUUUUAUUUAAAUAUCUGUGCCCAAAAAACAGUGAUUUCGCUUUACCAGAGAUAAGCUUUACUACAGGCAGGUGUAAAGGGAUGCCGAACUUAUUCCGGUGUGAGAGCGCCUCAAAAUUUACGUUUUUCAUAACAUUUUCCAUUGUAGCCAGAUCGGAUAAAAUAAUAAUUUGUGGGCAUUUAAAUUAAAACACCCAACAUUUAUUACGAUUAAAAAUUAUUAUAUAUAUAUUGGACUUUUAAUAUAUGGAGAAACUAUUUAAAUAUUUUUGUAUGAUUUUAUGGUAUAUUAAACCAACUGACUUUUGAACUUCCAAUACUUAAUAAAUAGAUUUAAGUAUGUUAUCUCUCAAUUAAUAAUUGUUUUUAAUAAUUUUCAAUUGAAAAUUAAUAGUAUGAUGCAUCACAUUACAAAACAUUUCAUCAAAUACAUUUAUAAUUUGUGUUUUCUUUAAUUUUCAAGCUUUUAAAUUUUUUAUUAGUGAUCUUGGACGGCGGCAGCAAAUACCUCCGUUCACAUAUAUUUUUGGUAGAGUUUCAAGUCGUUCCAAUUGCGAUACGUCAAAACCUACCCGUCUGCGGCACAGUCUGGCAACCCUUAUAUAGUAGCUCUUUAACAAGAAAAAUUUUCUUGUAUGAACUAGCUCUCAUUCGUGGGGAAAUAUGAAACGAAAAUCAGUUACGGGCCACAGAAUUAAAUUGACUGUGAAAAAAAUGGAUAGAUAAACUUAGAAUUAAACAAACAGUAACAAUCUUUGUUAUUUUAUUAAAUUAACACCAACAGUAUUAACAAAAUAUGGCAUCCAUGCAAAUGAUAAAGAUAAGAUCCUUAAAAAAUGAACAUCAAAGCACUUACGGCAGUAAUAUGCGUUUUUGUGGGAUGUUGUAGCAAUGUUGUAUUUCUAGAGUAUCUCGUAAAAGAAGAUCCCGGGGCUGGGAAUCUCAUAACAUUUUCACAGUUUCUGUUUAUUGCUCUUGAGGGGUUAGUACAUACAAUUGCGGCUCGCAAUUUUGUGCCGAAAAUACCUCUGCGUAAUUACUCCCUUCUUGUAAUUAUGUUUUUUAUAACAAGUGUGGCCAACAACUUUGCUUUUGACUUCAAUAUACCAAUGCCUUUACAUAUGAUAUUUAGAGCUGGAUCACUUAUUGCUAACAUGAUAAUGGGAAUACUUAUUUUGAAAAAGAAUUAUAUUUUCUCCAAGUAUUUGUCCGUUUUUAUGAUAACCGUUGGAAUUGUGUUGUGUACAAUUAUUUCGGGAAGUAGUGUGAAAAGUACCACUGUAACAGAACCAACAGAGACUGUAAAUGUUGGAUACUCCGACUUUUUUAUAUGGAUACUUGGGAUAGGUUUACUCUCCAUUGCUCUUUUCAUAUCUGCAUAUAUGGGAAUUUGUCAAGAAACUCUGUACAAAAAAUUUGGCAAACAUCCUCAAGAAGCUCUCUUCUUUACGCACUUGAUUCCCUUACCUGGUUUCCUUUUCAUAUAUAAAAACAUUUGGGAACAUUUCAGUAUUGCAACACAUAGUGAACCAAUGGCAUUACCAAUAAUUUCUAUGAUGGGGUUUAAUGUUGAAAUUCCUCAAAUGAUAUUUUAUUUAAUGUGCAACGUUAUCACGCAGUAUCUAUGUAUAAGAUCGGUGUAUAUUUUGACAACUGAGUGUGCAUCAUUAACAGUAACACUUGUCGUAACAUUGAGGAAGUUUGUAUCAUUGCUUUUUUCUAUUUUAUAUUUCAAAAAUCCGUUUACAAUUUAUCAUUGGCUUGGUACGGGACUGGUUUUUUUCGGUACGUUAAUCUUUACUGAAGUAGUUCCAAGAAUUUCUGAGCAAAUGCAACUUAGAAAACAUAAAAAAGAAUAAAUAAACAAAAGUAUAUGCGUUUACAUUCUUAAAGACCCGUUUAUAUUAAGCCAAUGUAACGUAACAUAAAUUGUAAAUAGGUUUUUUGUUUGGUAAUGAAAAUUUGUAUUUUUAAAUGUAUAUACUAGUGUAUAAUUUGUGUAUAUGAUUAGAUAAAAUAAAAAUUCAAUAGAUGUAA